UGGGGUGUGCAAAGGGUUAGGCGGAAGGAGUCAGGCUGUUGUCACAUGGUUUGUGUUUGCUGCCUGGUUAGUGGGAGUGGUUGAGACAUUUUAUCAGAGAAGUUGAACAGUUAUGUAUUAAAUCUUCAGAAACCUCAAAAGUUGAAGGGGACCACAACAUCUGCAUUGCAUUGCAUUGGCCUGAAAAUAUGGAAAUUCCUGCCGUAAACCUCAAGGCCAUAGUACUAAUGCACUGGCUACUGACCAUCUGGGGCUGCAUGGCCUGGCUACCCCCCUCCUAUGCCUGGGGGAACUUCAGUGUCCUGGCUGUGGGUGUGUGGGCCAUCGCUCAGAGGGACUCCAUCGAUGCUGUACUUAUGUUUCUUAUUGGGAUUGCAGUGACGAUACUGACGGACAUCAUCCAUUUUGGGAUCUACUAUCCGCUGGCCGAGGGUCUAGCAGAGAGGAACAGGGACACAUUCCGCUUCAGUGCGGGCAUGGCCAUCCUGGGCCUGCUACUCAAACCUGUCUCUUGCUUCUUCGUCUACCAAAUGUACAGAGAACGUGGAGGAGAUUACAAUGUCAACUUUGGUGAGUCAGGCUUCCCCAGUGUAACACGAAACAGAGAUGCUUACCAGUCCAUUGACCAGCAGGACCAGUCCACCAGCUCAGCCAACCCCUUCAACCAGGCCGAGGGCACCAAGCCUGGACCACCACACUCCUACUGAGAUACAGCACUCACUUUCUUCUCUUGAAAUGACAUGGUGUCAAGAAGACAUCCAUAAUGUUUUUUUCCCUUUCAUAUGGGUAUUUGCGAACUGCAAAAGACCUUUGUCCUGAGCUUUAUUCAAUCCCUUACCAGUAAUGCCUCGUUCUAAAUACUCACUGUCAUGGUAAAAUAAUAUGAUCUGCUUGCUUGAUGCUCAGGGUAAUGUCACAUACACUGGAAAUACCUUGGGCCCAACACGAAAAAGAGAAGUGAAGUUUUUGAAUUUUAUGGUGUAGUAACAGUGGGAUAAUACAGAAUUAUACAGCGGAGUUUGCCUGCCUUCUUACCAAUAUCUACCCUGUCCUAAAUGCUACUAUAUUUCUUACUUUGACUUUAUUUAAAAGAUGCCUGAUGAAAGGUCUGUGUUGUCCUAACCCUUAAAGAUGGACAUGAGUGUUUACAACAGUAUUAUUGCCAGUGUUUGGAAUAACCAGUGCUCUGGUUUUGUGUUAUUUUAGCAAGCAUUAUGUUAGUGUAUCAUAAGCUAUUCUCAGCACCACCAGCUACUCAAAUCAAAACAUAUUGAAGAUGUCAAAUAGAGAGGAUAAUGGUGGUGCUGUUUGUAAACCCUUCCAUUUGACUAUUAAUUUAAACACAAUGCCAUCAGACAUUUCCAGUUUUACCUCACCAUCUAUGUGACAGAGCAUUACAGCUCCGUAGUCCUCCCUGAAAGCAUUACAGCUUUCAGGGAGCACUUCAGGGAUCUCUUUGUAAAGUCCAAUAACCCUCUAAUGUUAGAUCCUGUUUCAGGAUCAGGAGUGUUUUGAAAAGGUCAAGGUGUAGAAAGCGUGCAAGUCAUUUGGUCUGCAACGGUUCUUUGACAUUCUUUUUGGAAACUAGUUCACUGUGAGUAUACUUUUAAAAUCAGAAUUAAGAAUGAGAGAGACUUUCUGCCUUCUAUACCUUACGGGUAGGAUUUACCUCUGAGCUGAGAGAGAAGCAGAUAUCUGUUACAGCCCAGUAAAUAUGAACCAGGAAGAACAACUAUUCCUGGUUGUGAUUUGCAUAGUUUUGUCAGUGUUUUAACAGGGCACAUUCUUUGUAAAAUGUUAGCACUUGUGUCCUCAAUCAUUCCAAAUGCAUAAUUGUUUAUGUACCUGAUCAAUUUUGUUCGAUUUUUGUCUUUGCCUUUCAUGUGUAAAUGCACUAAUGCACUUUAGUGCACUCUUAGCUUUACAUUGACUGAGGCAAUUUUCUUUAACAACGAAUGUGUUUGUCCCAGCAGUGUUGCGUUGUUCUCUUGAUAAAAUACAGAAACUCUAUUGAUCUGAAUGAGUUACAAGCCAUAUUGAUUUGAGUAACAUGGGUGAAUACCAAACAUUCACAACCUUGAAAUUCUAUCCACAGUUAAUUUUUAAAAACUACAGCUCUGACAUAAUUAGCAUUUUUCAUGGAGUGUUUUAUUGAAGUAUAAUCCAGGGUUGAGAAAAUAUGCAUAAUAACUUUUUAACUAAAUGCUGCAGUACUUGCACUUAAAACCAAAUGUUAUACCCUUGCACUUGUCUAUUAAAACACUAGACAAUCAGUUUUCUACACUUAACAAAAAUAUUAAAGCAACAAUUUCAAAGA